AUGUUGGCGAUUCGCUUUGAGUUUUGGGACUGCUCAAGAAUCGUCAUUUUCAGAAUAUGCGCGUGGCCCUCUACCCCACCCGACGUGGUAGUAGCAACACCAGCGGCGCUGUUCAACCAUCUGUUUGCGUUCGACCCGCAGCAGCGGCGCCGCUCUGCCUUUGUGCGGGACGUGGCGGUGGUGGUGGCGGACGAGGCCGACAUGCUGCUCGCCGGAGGCUACGCCCGGAUCGUGGGCCGCCUGCUUGGCCUCUUCCGAUUGGACGAGAAGGAGCGCUCCCAGGCUGCCAGGCUGGCGGGGGGGUCUGCCAGCGUGGCACGGGGGAGUGGUGCUGGGGAAAGUGAGGAGGGAGGGAGGGGGGAGGAGCAGAUGCACUGGACUGAGAUGGUUCCAGAGGUGGUGCAGGAGCAAGGGGAGGGAGGAGCGGAAUCGGCUGUUGCUAGUCGUGCUGCUGGUGAUUACUCGCCUUCAACGGGUGAUGCCUCUUCUUCAGCGUCUGCUGCUUACCAGGGCAAGACGAGAGCGGUUGGGGGAGAGGAGGAGGGGGAAGGGUACGGGCAGGCGGAUAGAGAGUGGAGUGAGGGGGAGGAGGGGGGGAAACCUGGGGAGGAGCGAGCAGCCGUGCUGGAUGCGGCUGUGCGGCUGGGGGAGAGCGAGAGAGCAGCGGGGAGAGGGGGGAAGGUGGUGGUGAGUGUGCGGGAGAGUGCGAGGGAGGAGGGGAGCAGGAGGGCGAGGUGGGGUCGUGGUCGGAGGGAGUACGCACGGAGCAAGCAGUAUGUGUUUGUGGCGGCCACCAUGCCCACCGGCACCAAGAGGAGCGUCGGGGAGGUGCUGGCCCGCCAAUUCCCUGCUGCCGUGUGGGGGGGGCACUACGAGCUAUCAACCAUUGGCCAUUCCCCGCUUCCUUCAACCCCUUUCCGCUUCCCCUUGCUCCUCUUCCUCCCAAUCCUACCUCACUCCAAUGCACAGCACGGCUGGCAUCACGGCUGGCAUCACGGCUGGCAUCACUGGAUGCCUUUUCGCCACCUGCCACCGCUCUCCAUUCUCUUCACCAAUCCCGCUCUCCAUUCUCUUCACCAAUCCCGCUCUCCAUUCUCUUCACCAAUCCCGCUCUCCAUUCUCUUCACCAAUCCCGCUCUCCAUUCUCUUCACCAAUCCCGCUCUCCAUUCUCUUCACCAAUCCCGCUCUCCAUUCUCUUCACCAAUCCCGCUCUCCAUUCUCUUCACCAAUCCCGCUCUCCAUUCUCUUCACCAAUCCCGCUCUCCAUUCUCUUCACCAAUCCCGCUCUCCAUUCUCUUCACCAAUCCCGCUCUCCAUUCUCUUCACCAAUCCCGCUCUCCAUUCUCUUCACCAAUCCCGCUCUCCAUUCUCUUCACCAAUCCCGCUCUCCAUUCUCUUCACCAAUCCCGCUCUCCAUUCUCUUCACCAAUCCCGCUCUCCAUUCUCUUCACCAAUCCCGCUCUCCAUUCUCUUCACCAAUCCCGCUCUCCAUUCUCUUCACCAAUCCCGCUCUCCAUUCUCUUCACCAAUCCCGCUCUCCAUUCUCUUCACCAAUCCCGCUCUCCAUUCUCUUCACCAAUCCCGCUCUCCAUUCUCUUCACCAAUCCCGCUCUCCAUUCUCUUCGCCAAUCCCGCUCUCCAUUCUCUUCACCAAUCCCGCUCUCCAUUCUCUUCACCAAUCCCGCUCUCCAUUCUCUUCACCAAUCCCGCUCUCUAUUCUCUUCACCAAUCCCGCUCUCCAUUCUCUUCACCAAUCCCGCUCUCCAUUCUCUUCACCAAUCCCGCUCUCCAUUCUCUUCACCAAUCCCGCUCUCCAUUCUCUUCACCAAUCCCGCUCUCCAUUCUCUUCACCAAUCCCGCUCUCCAUUCUCUUCACCAAUCCCGCUCUCCAUUCUCUUCACCAAUCCCGCUCUCCAUUCUCUUCACCAAUCCCGCUCUCCAUUCUCUUCACCAAUCCCGCUCUCCAUUCUCUUCACCAAUCCCGCUCUCCAUUCUCUUCACCAAUCCCGCUCUCCAUUCUCUUCACCAAUCCCGCUCUCCAUUCUCUUCACCAAUCCCGCUCUCCAUUCUCUUCACCAAUCCCGCUCUCCAUUCUCUUCACCAAUCCCGCUCUCCAUUCUCUUCACCAAUCCCGCUCUCCAUUCUCUUCACCAAUCCCGCUCUCCAUUCUCUUCACCAAUCCCGCUCUCCAUUCUCUUCACCAAUCCCGCUCUCCAUUCUCUUCACCAAUCCCGCUCUCCAUUCUCUUCACCAAUCCCGCUCUCCAUUCUCUUCACCAAUCCCGCUCUCCAUUCUCUUCACCAAUCCCGCUCUCCAUUCUCUUCACCAAUCCCGCUCUCCAUUCUCUUCACCAAUCCCGCUCUCCAUUCUCUUCACCAAUCCCGCUCUCCAUUCUCUUCACCAAUCCCGCUCUCCAUUCUCUUCACCAAUCCCGCUCUCCAUUCUCUUCACCAAUCCCGCUCUCCAUUCUCUUCACCAAUCCCGCUCUCCAUUCUCUUCACCAAUCCCGCUCUCCAUUCUCUUCACCAAUCCCGCUCUCCAUUCUCUUCACCAAUCCCGCUCUCCAUUCUCUUCACCAAUCCCGCUCUCCAUUCUCUUCACCAAUCCCGCUCUCCAUUCUCUUCACCAAUCCCGCUCUCCAUUCUCUUCACCAAUCCCGCUCUCCAUUCUCUUCACCAAUCCCGCUCUCCAUUCUCUUCACCAAUCCCGCUCUCCAUUCUCUUCACCAAUCCCGCUCUCCAUUCUCUUCACCAAUCCCGCUCUCCAUUCUCUUCACCAAUCCCGCUCUCCAUUCUCUUCACCAAUCCCGCUCUCCAUUCUCUUCACCAAUCCCGCUCUCCAUUCUCUUCACCAAUCCCGCUCUUUCCCGAUUCGUCCCAACCCCUCCCAACCCCGUGCAUGUCAGCGUACGGCACGACUGGCAUCAGGUGGAUGAUACCUCGCGAGCUGCUGCGCUGCUCAGAGCACUCACUGGGCAGCAAGAUUACAAAGGAGUGGAGAGCGGUGCAAAUGGUCCCCCGGGUGGAAGGCAGCAUGACAGCAUCCAGCGGACCAUGGUCUUUGCCAAUGACGUGGAAUCGGUGGAUGCCAUUGGCCGGCUCCUCCAGCGCCACCUGUCGUCCUCUGCUUCUGCCACGUCAGCAGGAGGAGCCAAUGAUGGGGCCGUAGGAGCUUCUGACGUGGCAGCAGGGAGAGCUGUUGACGUGGCAUGGUGCGCGGUGUACCACAAGGACGUGCCACUGGACGAGCGGGAGCGGGCGUUGAGAAGGUUCCAGGAAGGGGGGGGCGUGCUGGUGUGCACUGAUGCUGCUUCGAGGGGAAUUGACGUGGAGCAUGUGUCUCAUGUGGUGCAGGCCGAGUUCGCUCUCAACGCUGUGGACUUCCUUCACCGCGUCGGCAGGACUGGCAGGGCCGGCAGGCCCGGGCGCGUCACGAGCCUGUACACAGCUGGCAGCGCUCCAUUGGCCGAGGCCGUGAGGGCGGCGGUGGAGACAAGGGAGAGCACGGAAAGUGCCUUCAGUCGCAAGCGAAGCUUCCGCAAGAAGUUGAAGAAGUAUGGAGGAAAGGACUGA